AUGCUGGAGUGUAUGUCCCGUCGAUCUCGUUCCCUGCUCUCCCUGACCUUGACCUCUCUGGCUCUGGCCCUCUCCAUCCUGGCUCUCUGCACCUCUUACUGGUGUGAGGGCACCCACAAGGUGGUGAAGCCACUCUGCCUGUCACCCGUCAAAAUGAAGAACUGCGGUCAGAACAACAGCGAGCCUUACACCACAGAGAGUCCCACCCAGAACCCCUUCAACCGCACACUGUCUCCAGCCAGGAGGGACGAGCUGGCCAAGAUCAGACAGAGGCAGCUGGCCAACGCAGUUCAGUACAUCUGGGAGACGGGAGAAGACAAGUUUGCUUUUCGAUACUUCCACACUGGUUUCUGGGAAAGCUGUGAGAAACACAGCGAUGGGGAGAAAUGUCGAAGCUUUAUAGAGUUAACACCUGGAGAAACACAAGGUGUGCUCUGGCUCUCAGUCAUUUCAGAGUUUACGUACAUCGGUCUGCUGGGGAUGGGCUUCUUACUGAUGUGGCUGGAAGUCUUGUGUUCCAAGAAAGAGAUGCACUCGCUAAAAAUUAAUGCCUAUGCAGCUAUAUGUACUGUGUUAUCAGGUCUUCUUGGGAUGGUGGCCCACAUGAUGUACACCACAGUGUUUCAGAUGACAGUCAUUGUGGGCCCGAAGGACUGGAGGCCUCAGUCCUGGGACUACGGCUGGUCUUUUGCUCUUGCCUGGGUGUCCUUCAGUUGCUGUAUGGGGGCGGCUGUGGUCACGCUCAACUCCUACACAAAGACCAUCAUCGAGCUCCGCCGCAAACAGAGGCUCCGUUUGGAGGAAGCGAGAGCCGCCACUCAUGCUCCUUCCUAUGAUGAGGUCGUUCCAGGAGGCGGGCUCUACUCCGUCAGCGGCCUGUUGCAGUGUCCAGACGGCAUGAUCGACGUGGCGUGGGCCCCGAAUGGCAGUGUGGUUGGAGUGGGAAAUGGGGAUGUACCAACGCUUGUUUUGGUAGGAGGCUGUGGCCCUGAGGGGUGUGAAGACUGUGAGAGAGAGAUGGAUGAGAUGGACGAGGCCAUGGACCGAGUUGAUUCACCUUGUUAGGGGAUUUUUUUAUAUCCAUCAACUUAAAAGGGCUGAAAAACUGAACAAGUGAAGACGC